CCUCCUGGCUUGGCUUGGCUUGGCUUGGCUUGGGUCUACACUCCAUCGACGACGGGGUUCCUCUCUCUCUUCUUCUUCUUCUUCUUCUUCUUCUCUCUGCCUCUGCUCGCCCCCCAGAUCUAUUUUUAUGUUUUUUCAUUUCCCAAUCUGUACAGACUAGAGUAAUCUAAUUCUCGAUUUCAAUCAACCAAUUUCAUUACCUACAAACACACAUAGAUCUCAUCACAUGGGCUCUUCGCAGUCCGCUCAAUUGCCCUCAGAUGACGAAGAAGACCAAGAAGAAGAAGAUGAUGACGAUAACGACGACGUUCAACACAACAUUCCAAACAGCACAAGAGAUCAUCACGCCCUCGUCAAGAAAAUUCUCCAACAGGAGCCUGAAAUGCUGCCCUGUCACGCCUCCGCCUCCCCUCUCUCCCCGCAGCUUUCCACCUACGGUACCCCACGCAUAGCUCCUUCCAUCAAGGUUUGGGACCCAUACAAUGUCCUCGCACCUCCUCCACCCCUCCCUCCCUUCCACCGCACCUUCUCUGUUUCCCCCUCCGACGACGAUCGUGCUAUCACCGAGGUUUACUUGAUUAGCCACGGCGAGUGCCACAUGAAUCUGAGGCCCGAUUUGAUCUCCGGUCGCUGCCCCGAUGCUGCCCUCACCCCGAGUGGCAAACGCCAGGCUCGAGCACUCGCCGUGUUUUUGAAGUCUCAAGGGGUCAGAUUCAAUGUAGUUUAUACCUCGCCUUUGGAUCGAGUCCGCUCCACCGCCAUAUCUGUUUGCCAGGAGUUAAAUUUCUCAGAGGAACAUAUACAAUCAUCAGAUGCCCUUGUGGAGAUGAGCCAAGGGCACUGGGAAGGAUGCCACAGAUCAGAAAUCUUAACACCGGAAACACUGAGUUUAAUGGAGAAAUUCCAGCCUGAUUUUUCGGCGCCAUCUGGGGAAUCAUUGAGGCAGGUAGAAUUCCGAAUGGCGCAGUUCCUAAACGGUACAGUCAUGACGUUUCACGACAAAUUUAGGUCGGAUUUCUCCCCACCAGAUCUGAGUGACAACAACCCAGGUUUUACCAACCGCAGCGAGAGAGAUAGAGAUAGAGAAGGGGGGGCUUCAUCUCUGGCACCACACCACUGGGAUUUGCUGCAAAGGCACAGACAAGGGGGGAUUCCAAGGAAGAAAUCUGGUAAGAGCAGGCUCCAAAUUGUGACACGCACUGGAGAUCAUGAGGCGGAUGAUGAAAUGUCCCCUCGAGAACCCAAUAACCAAUCUCGUGAUAUUAAUGUCAGGACCAACAACACAACCGCCCCUUCUCUUGUUGUGUCUUCUUCUUGCGUUGGUGUUUUCAGUCACUCCACACCAAUCAAAUGUCUUCUCACGGGCCUACUUGGUUGCAGUCCAGUUAUGUCACACAAGAUAUGCAUAGAAGAUUCUUCAGUUACCGUUUUACAGCACUCUUGGAGAGUUGGCUGGCAAAUUAAGAGAGUCAACGAUACUUCCCAUCUUAGGCUUCUCUGACCAGACCACAUAUUAUUUGGUUGUCUCAAUGUCCGAUAAUUUAACAGUUACACGUCCACGAUAUAUUUUCGUUUAUAUUAUAUUGAUUUACUUCCAUGAUUGAUGGUUUCCAGUUCCAACGGACAAAAGCAACAGUCAUGAGAGUGAUUAUUUUUUUGUUUGUAAUUGUAGCAUUAAGAUUUAUUGUUGUCAAUUGUCAUACAUAUGAAAUCCAGUUUUGCCAUUUAUUUA